UGCUGCAGGACCUUGCUGCCUGCCUGCCUGCACACAGAGAGAGCAGGCAGCAAUCCUCCUCUUCCCGUCCCAACGCCGAGCAGGGGUACGACUUGGCUCUACAGGAGGUAGCCACAUGCCACUAAACUAUGCCACAGAGCUGCUGUGAGCUGCCAGUAAUCCAAUUUAUUAAGGGCUUUGAAUUCUUACAAAUAAUACGUUGGAUACAUGCAAAGCAUCAGCAUUAUCACUGUGAUUAGGGCAGUGGAGGUAGGGGAAAGGGGAAGGAGGGAAAAUACAAUUUCUCUUUCAGCAGAAAAUAAAUCAACUUUUGCAGAGAGUUCUGGUACAGUCAAAGGCUGCACUAUCAUUAAAAAUGAUUUUUUAUUAAGCUGAACUCCCUCCUCUCUCAUAUUGUAUGAUAUGACAGCUCUCUUUUGAUGGGAAAGCUUUCAUUUGGCCAGAGAAAGGGAUAAUUUGCUUCUUUUAAGGAGUUAAUCCUCUGGUCCAUUUCCGGGCUGGGAACAGCUAUCCUCCCCCUUCCUUGGAUCGGAGGCUGCAGCACAAUGGAGAUCAUAACCACCUCAAAUCUACACCCGAGAUGGAGAAAUCAGAUUUCCUUCUCCAGUCAUUUCUGUGGGAUUAGCUAAAUCUUAGAUCCACACUAACCCUUCACAAAGCUGCCAAGAUUAGUUAGAAUUUAUUUUAUUCACAGGGGGGUUUAUGGUUUUCUUUCCAAAGGGAUUAUAUAUCUCUAUAUAUAUAUAUUUAGGGUGGCUUCAGUCAUAAAGCAGGCAGGUUAGAGGAGAAAAAGUGCGUGUGCUUAUAAAAUAAAAACUCAGCUGUGAGAAUGACAGUCACUUGAAAUGCCAAGACAAAGCAGCAAUUCUGGACGGCUUCACCCACCCAUUUUAAAAGCUAUGUAAGCUGUCUUUUUCCUUGCGAGACCCCACUCUGGAGUUAGUGCAAGGAGAGCAAACCCCACUCAGCCUGGGCUGCCCAUUCCCGUGGCUGCUGCUGCUGGCAGAGGAUGUCUUCGGAACCAGCACUGGAUGCCAGCGCUGGCAGGAGAGGCCUCAAGAAGCCGUGUUCAUUCAGCAUCGAGGACAUCCUCUCCAGCCCAGCAGAGAAGAGCCCACAGGUCCUGGUCCCACUGUGCCUCCGGAGCAUCUUGGACUGCACACCCAAGGGGCUGUGUGAGCUGGAGACCAUCCCGGCCAGCUCCCUGCAGGAGGAGGAGGAGGAGGAGGAGGAGGAAGAGCUGGAAGGGGCAGGCUGCAACUGCUGCUGCUGUUCUCACACGAGCACCCGUUCCCUGCAGGACUCAUCGAGUUGGCUGGACACACGGUUCCCCUGGCCCAUGCGGCUCUUCCACUCAGCAGUCAGGGUCUGUAAGAGUCCCCAGGGGAACCCAAGUGAGCUGCAGACUUUCCACCAGAUCCAGCGCCGGACACGCCGGCAUCGCACCAUAUUCACCGAGGACCAGCUGCAAGCCCUGGAGACACUUUUCCAUCAGAACCAGUACCCGGAUGUCAUCACCCGCGAGCACCUGGCAAACCGCAUUCACUUGAAGGAGGAGAGGGUAGAGGUUUGGUUUAAAAACCGGCGGGCCAAGUGGAGGCAUCAGAAGAGGGCGUCUGCUUCAGCACUGAUCCUUCAAGGUACCAAGAAGCCCUCGGAGGAGAGCUGUUAGACCACAUGGCAGCAGAUGAACACCAAGAGCAUCCAUUUCCCAUAGCUGACAGGUUCUAUAGAGGGUCAACCCAAGGGGGACUGAUGAAGCAAAAGGGAAUCUCUGUGAUUCCCAGAGGAGGGGGACGGGUAAUAGCAGACAUAGCACUUUCCUGUGCCAGUUUCUUCCAAACCUAGUUCACAUGGCAAAUAACUCACCAAGCAUGACCCUCAGAUGCUUAAGCAGAAACCACUGCCAAAAGCCCGUGCUGGGAACAGAGCUGUACCAGUGUUACAUGUGUGUGCUUCAACAGAAGGGGAGACUCACCUUCUUGUCUUUGCUCUGUGCAGGUAGUAUUUGUGCUUGUUUUACUACUAUAGAUUUGCGAAAUACCCUGCAAAUUAUGUUUCCUAUUUUUGGCACCUCGGUUACAUCUAGAGUUGCAUUUGGGCUUGAGUUUACUGGACAGAAGGAACACGGAUUUCUCCCUACAGCCCGUGGGAGAGGUAAUCCAUCUGCUGUGGUGAGAGGGGCUGGCACAGCGAGUGUUCAGCUCACCUCUGUCGCCAGCCCAUGUCUGUGCAAGU